CCCCCCCUUGGUGGGAAAGGGGGGAGAGAGAAUUUCCUAUAUAGUAGUUGUAUCACGGUCUGUUUCUUUCCUCGAGAGAAAGAGAGAGAGAGAGAGAUCUGGUCGACGCUUCCGAAGAGGAACGGCCUUUUUUCACUCUUUGAUAAUCACCCCCCUCCCCCCAAUCGCCUGCGCUAGCCAUGGCUCAUUGUUAUGAACCGGAGAAGAUCCAUGCAUCGCCCUCACUGCGAAGCGUGGUGCACUUCGAGCUGGAAGACAAUGUCUCCUCGAGCGUGCUGGCGGGCAAGGAGGAUAGUCGGUGGCAACGAAUGGUGAGACAUGUCCAUAGAAUCGGCUGUAUCGAGUCAAGCAGCAUUGAGCCCGUGCCGUGGGAAGACCGGCAGCGGGACGAUGGCAACUCGGCGCUGCAGAUGCUGCUCCUCUGGUUCAGCAUGAGCCUGGCCCCGAACAACAUCAUUGCCGGCUCGCUGGGCGUGCUGGUCUUUCGUCUCAGCGGCACCGACGCUGCCCUCCUGGCCGUCUUUGGGAACCUCCUCGGUGUCCUUGCCGUGGGGUACAUGAGUAUCUGGGGUCCGCGGAGUGGAAGCCGCACUCUUGUAUGUUCCUCUCUUUCUUUUUUUUUCUCUCAAAAAGGAUUCUCCUGACUUCAAAACUGCUAGAUCAUCACACGUCAGUCUAUGGGAUACUAUCCCAACAUACUAUGCUGCGCUCUCAACGUAUUGACCAAUAUUGGAUACGGCAUGCUCAAUUGCACACUAGGAGGCCAGAUUGUAUCCAAGGUAUCUGGUGGGUCUGUUUCUGUCUUGUUUGGGAUCAUCAUCGUCGCGUUGGUAAGUUUGGUCAUG